UUGAAAAAUUAAGGAUCAAGUAUACAAACUUUCAGAAUUAUAGAUCGGGAAAUUAUUUGGCUGAUGGUUGGCCAAAUAUAAAGGCUAAAAGCCAAUAAAUCCAAUGUGACCUUAUUUGACAAUUGACGAUCAACUAUUUUACGUGAACUCAUGGUUGAGGGCGUCAAAAUCGCAGUCAGGCAUGUAUUAUGAAAUACAUGCCAUGGGCUUGUUUGUAAUUUCCCAGCCAUUUUGAAAUUGUUGAAUAGUCAACCCCGUUUGCCAACUUGGAUCCCGUUACUGCCAAUUUUGUAAUAUGAAUACCAUUUUAAAAUAUUUAGCACCAUUUUUGUGAUAUUAAUACCACUUUAUAAAAUUUAGUACAAAACGAGUACCAUUUAAGGAAAAUGAAUUUCAUUUAGAAAAAGUUUAGUACCAUUUUUGUAAUACCAAUACCAUUUUUCUAAUGAAUUGCCAACUCAGCAAUGCCAAGUCAGCACCCCAUUUUACAAGUGUACAAUACCGUUUUACAUUUCCCCUCAAAAAUAUUUACCAUUUAGAUUUACCUUUUUAUUUGGAGUUGGCAUGUUUUUGCAAAUACAUACCUGGCAUGUAUUUGGACUUCCUCAUGGUUUGACUGCCUAUUUGCAAUUUAUUGAUAGUUGGUAACUUAAUUGGUAUAGGGACACAAUAGCCGAAUAUGGAAUGGAAAUUGGUCGUCUAAUGAGUCGGCUGUUGGGAUUGAUGUCCCAAGGGCUUGGUUUAAGGGAAGACCAUUUACGAAGCUUAUUGGAAAACAAUGACGAUUAUUCGGCCCAAGCACAUUAUUAUCCUCCAUGCCCACAACCAGAACGCACCCUUGGAUUGCGUCCCCAUUUUGAUCUUAAGGUACUUACUGUUUUAUUGCAAGAAGAAGGGGUUGUAGGGCUCCAUGUUCGCAAUCAAGAGAGAUGGAUAGCGGUUCAUCCCAAUCCUGAUGCCCUUGUCAUUAAUUUGGCCGAUCAAAUGCAGGUAUUAAGCAAUGACAAAUACAAAAGUGUACUUCAUAGAGCAGUAAACAACAAGCGUAAGAGAGUAUCAUUUGCAAUGUUCUACGGCCCUAAGAAAGAUAUGUCUAUUCAACCCAUCCCGGAGCUCACUGAUGAAACAACCAACCGUCCCAUAUAUAGCCCGUACACAUUCAAUGAAUAUCUUGAAAAAUAUAACAAUUUACAAGGGGAUGAAAUUAGGAUGAUUAAAGAAACUUUCAAAAUUAAUUAUGAUAUUAUUUAAUCAUCCAUAAACCUACUCCUAAAAACAAUUCUAUCCGAAUGUAAAUUUUAAUUAAAUUUGUUGUUUAUUUGCACUUGAAUCUUGAAAGUGUUUUGACUCGU